AUGGUUCCCAAUGUGCAUCUCAUGAAAGAUGGCAACCCUUCUGAUAAUCCAGAGAGGUAUAGAAGGAUAGUUGGGAAGUUAAACUACCUCACAGUGACUCGUCCUGAUAUUGCCUUCGCAGUAAGUGUUGUAAGUCAAUUCAUGUCUGCACCUACGGUCGAACAUUGGGCAGCUUUAGAACAGAUUCUAUGUUACUUGAAAAGAGCUCCUGGACUUGGCAUAUUGUAUAGCAAUCACAACCAUACUCAUAUUGAGUGUUUUGCAGAUGCUGAUUGGGCUGGUUCCAAGAUUAAUAAGAGAUCCACUACAGGUUAUUGUAUCUUUGUUGGAGGAAACUUGGUAGCAUGGAGGUGUAAGAAGCAAAAUGUUGUAUCUCGAUCCAGUGCAGAAUCUGAGUACAGAGUUAUGUCACAGUCUACAUGUGAAAUUAUGUGGAUACAUCAUCUUUUAACUGAAAUAGGGUUGAAGCAUCAUAUGCCGGCAAAACGCUAG